AUGACAAUCACAGCACCUGAAACAGACGCGGGGAGUGAUAAAGCUACUCCCAUGGCCCCGAUACGGAAAAAAAUCGGUUCGGUUGAAAUUCUUGGACUUGGAUUGAAAUUUGAUACAAAAGAUAAAAAUAAUCUGUUAUCUUUCUCAAUAGAUGCAACUGUAACACUUGGCCCUAUCACUUUCGCGGUUAGAGACUUUAAAUUGACAUUCGAUAUAACCGGCCUUUCUUUGGAUGACUUGAGCAAAGCCAUUCCUAAGCCAUCGAUUGGAGGGCUGGCAGCAUCAUUCGACCGCCCGCCUUUGACACUCGCCGGGGCAUUCGCACAUCAGGAGGACGAGAUUUCAGAAUCGUUCCUUCGUGGUGCCAUCGUGGGAUACACGCCUUACAAGUUCGAAGCUGCAGGUUACUAUGGAGAAACCAAAGCGGAUAAGAUGAAGUCAUUCUUUGCCUAUUGCAAACUGAAUGGCCCGCUCAUGACACUGGGCUACGCAAAUAUCAACGGUAUCACUGGAGGAUUCGGCUACAACAGCAAUGUCAAAUUCCCAACACCGGAUGCUGUACUGGCGUUCCUUUUGAUGAAUGGUGAUAUGGUGGCAGCUAGUCUUACCGUUUUCGCUUUCCAGAUACUUACCGUGGAAGCUGCUGCAGUGGUUCAUUGGACACCGCAAAUCAAGAUUGGAAUAUUUGGUAUCGCCACUGCCAUAAUGCCCAAGGAAGUAACUAGUGAGUCUGCUAUUUUCGCAAAGGUUCAGCUGGGCAUCGUUGCCACGCUUGAUAUCGGGAACGGUGUUCUAGCUGUCGAAGGUCAGCUUACGCCUUCUUCCUUUGUAUUGGAUAAAAAUUGCCAUCUGAGAGGAGGGUUUGCAUUCUAUACAUGGUUCGAAGGAACGGAUCCUGCAGCCUCCAACCAGGAUGGUACUGAUUUGGUUUUCACUAUUGGAGGAUACCAUCCAUCUUUCAAAAAGCCACCGAGCAAUGCCAUCAGCAUCACUGGCGAGGCGUACUUCGCGAUCACUCCCAAAGUCUGUAUGGGAAGUGGGAGGUUGAAUAUUUUCCUGGUCCUUGGGCCACUAAACGCCUUUUUUGACGCCUUCGUGGACUUUUUGAUCAACUACAAACCAUUCAACUUCCGGGCUCAAGGCGGCCUUACUGUGGGUGUUAAGUAUACACUCGAUCUGUGGAUCACAAGUAUACAUAUCGACAUCGAAAUCGGUGCUCGUAUCUAUCUCUAUGGGCCUCCAAUCUAUGGAACGGUCCAUGUGGAUUUCUGGGUUUUUGGUUUUGAUGUUACAUUCGGAGCGCAAAAUGCAUUGGUAAAUAGCGGUGUGGACUUGGAGCAGUUAUAUGAUUUCGUUCUCCAAAAGGAUGCUGCUGGUGCAAGUAUGGCUUCAGUAUUUCAUCACGACACGAACAAGGACAAGCUUGAAUGGAAGGCAGACAAAGAAGAGCCUGUUCAUGAAAAUGAUACAGAUCUGCCCAUCAUAUUCUCCUGCCAGAGUGGACUCAUCCCAUCCGCAAAGCAAGAGACGAAAGAGAAAGAGCCGUGGAGAGUAACCCCAAUGGACUUCUCUUUCAUGCCAGGAAUCACGACGGAAGUGGAGUCUAUUCCAUUCGCCAGUCCUGCUCAAGACAAAAUAUACGGAAAACCGAUGAAGAAGCCAUCCACUCUAGGUGCUAUAGGUUCCGUAUUAACGCUUACGAUAACUCAACAGAAAGAUACCAUCGUAGAGCCCGGCCUUGAGGCGGACCCGCUUGUGCCCAUAUGGAAAAAAUCAGAACCAGCGACGAAGCCCGUACCUUCUGCUCUGUGGGGUGAAUAUUUUGAAUCUCAGGACCCUUCUAGUGGUGACGGUACUAAACAAAUCGAUGAUCUUCUAAGCGGUUCCAAAGGGUCAAUUAACCUCAUGAUGGACGUAACGGUGUCACAACCAGACACAGUUAAGCCCACCGAAGCUAUCAAAGAGUUUGAUAUCCUCAAGACAAUGAGCCAAACAGCUGCAGUCACACAUUGGCCACCCAACCCCUCACAAAAUGACAAAUGA